AUGACUGCCUGUGAGGGACGGCAAAGGACAAUGUACCCCGGGCAGCACAGCGGGUCCCGUUGGGCCUCCUCAGGAGGGAAUAUCAGGGGGGAAAGUCCUGGCAGGCGGCAGAGGCCCUGGCAGAGGCCGCCGGGCGCUCCGGGAGCGCUGCCAGCGCCGGAGGCGGCCCGAGCCUGGGCCUGGGCACAAACAGCUCCUUCAUCCAGCGGGGCGGGAGCCGGGCCCCGGAGCGCCCCGGGACAGGGUGCGGCGGCCCCGCGCUGCCCGGGACGCCGGCUCUUCCAGGCGGGACCGGGGGCCUCCUCCUCACCAGACACACCAAUCCACAGGCAGAAGCAGUGGUUCCAAGAGACCUUCACUUACCUUUUUGCCAUCAGCAACUCAGCCGAGGCAUCAGAGGCUGGCAUUCACCUGGUCUCUGGUUGGCAGAUCUUUAAAAGCCCUCCCAAAGAAGAGUUACCUUUCUGGUCAGAUAUUGUGCUGGGAUUUCGACCAAUGUCCGAAGCAGAACUCCAGAAGUUCCCGCAGCACCGAUUUGGUCAGGCCUUUACAACCCUGAAAUGUGACUGCCCACCUUACCUGCUGUGGCUGGAGAAAAGGUUGAAAGCAGCUGGCACCCAGAUGUUCACCAGGAAAGUGGCAGACUUGUGGGAGCUGCACAGAGAAUAUGACAUCGUUGUCAACUGCACAGGCAUGGGAGCCCACCAGCUGGUGGGGGACGAGCAGCUCUUCCCUGUCAGGGGACAAGUACUCAAAGUUCACGCUCCUUGGGUGACACAGUUCAUCCGGGAUGGAGAUGGCUUAACUUACAUCUACCCAGGGAUACACAGGGUGACCCUGGGGGGAACCAGGGAAAAGGGGAGCUGGAGUCUAUCUCCUGAUGCUGGCACUACUAGAGACAUCUUUGACAGAUGCUGCUCCCUUGAGCCCUCACUGCAGGGAGCUCAGGAUAUCGAGGUGAAGGUGGGCCUGAGGCCAUCCAGGCAGUGUGUGAGACUGCAGAGAGAGGUUUUGAGCCAAGGAGGAAUUAAGCUCCCAGUGGUCCACAACUAUGGACAUGGGGCAGGUGGCUUUUCAGUGCACAGGGGCACAGCCAAAGAGGCUGCUCUCCUGGUGGAAGAGUGCAUUUCUGCUCUGCAAGCCUCCUCAUCAAGGGCUAAGCUUUGAAUCCCAGAGGCUCCUUUUCCAUUUACAGCUAGUGCUGAAUCUCCUAGCAGCAGCUUGGACUUUAGGUCCAUUACUGUAUAGAAGGGAACUAAGUCAACAUCUUGUUCCAGUGCAGAUACUCAGUGGUAUCUGUAACCACCUUGGAAAGGCAUGAUGUGUUGAUCCAAGUAUUAGCGCAGCUGAUCAUCUCCUCCAUCUGCCCUGGACAUUUAUCUUAGUCUCAUGUGAAGAAGACAAGAUACAUAAAUACUCUUCACAUAACAGGGAUCAGAUUGCUGCAAUAUAAUACAAAUAACAUCAAUUUAGCAUUUCUGCACCUGCAUCUAAAGGGUGUCAGAUGCAGUAGGCUCAGAUUCAGUAAAAAUAGUAAAAAAAGGUCUCCUCUUGUACCAAAUUUAAUCUAGAAUUGCCCUUGCUUCUGCUGCCUUGCUGACAAAUUUUAUCAUUGUCUAUAGGAUUUAAAAGGAAAAGAAAACCCCAUGCAGUGCUGCAUUGCAGUGCUGCAUUACAGCGCUCCAGGUCAGCUCUUAUAGAAAGCAGUGUUAGGUCACUGUCACACACAGUCACCAGGCAAGUGUGAUUUUAAGAGCAGGUCUGUAAUACCCAUCGCUGUAUUUGCUCAUAUUGCACCUCAGGGAGCUUAAAGUUUCUGCUGAUAUUGGCCCACAUGAGCUACAGUUUUGUGUGUCUUUUCUCAUGCUAGUUUGCAAAUCUGUUUUUU